AUGUCUUCUGAGGCUACUGAAGUUCCGGCUGGAACCUCUCUGGCCGACCGCGUCACCAAGCCAGAUGAGUCUAAGACUGCAGAAUCCGUUCCCAUUCCCAACACCGAAUCCAGUGUCGAUGGCGCCAGCGAAGGCAUGCUUGGUUCUCAGCUCCAAGAGCCCGACUACCAGGUCAAUGUAAAGCUCAGUGACCUGCAGGCUGAUCCGUCCAACCCUUUGUUCUCUGUGAAGUCAUUCGAUCAACUUGGCCUUGAUGAGCGCAUCCUCAAGGGUCUCCUUGCUAUGAACUUCCGCAAGCCCUCGAAGGUGCAGGAACGCGCACUGCCUCUCCUCAUGAGCAAUCCCCCUAAGAACCUUAUUGGACAGUCGCAGUCUGGUACUGGAAAGACUGCCGCUUUCACUCUCAACGUCCUUAGCCGUCUUGACCUUUCGACUGAGCAGGCACGUCGCACCCCACAGGCGCUGAUUCUGGCGCCCACUCGUGAGCUCGCUCGUCAGAUUACGGGUGUUAUCUCACUUAUGGGUCAAUUCGUUGAUGGCUUGGUUGUCGGCACGUCAGUCCCAACCGAAAUCGCUACUCGUCCCAAACUGUUGGAAGUCAGCGUCGUAGUUGGUACCCCCGGUACAGUUCUGGAGCAAAUCCGACGUAAGGUCCUGAACCCAACCAACAUCAAAGUUCUGGUCUUGGAUGAGGCCGAUAACAUGAUGGAUCAGCAGGGAUUGGGUGAUCAGUGCCUGCGCGUGCGCAAAUUUCUUCCCUCAACAGUUCAAGUCGUUCUCUUUUCGGCCACAUUCCCUGAUCACGUUCUUUCAUAUGCUCACACAUUUGCUCCUAAUGCAAACGAGAUUACUCUGCAGCAUGAAGAGUUGACCGUUGAAGGGAUUAAGCAACUCUACAUUGAUUGCAACUCCGAACAGCAGAAGUUCGACUGCCUCGUCAACCUAUACGGAACCCUUACUGUUGGGUCUUCGAUUAUUUUUGUCGCUACUCGCGCCUCUGCUGAGAUGAUUGAAAAACGCAUGACUUCGGAGGGCCAUGCUGUGGCAUGUCUGACUGGUAAUAUCGAGGGUGCCCGACGUGACACCGUCAUAGAUGCGUUCCGUGUUGGUGCUGCUAAAGUUCUCAUCACUACUAAUGUCCUUGCCCGCGGAAUUGAUGUUUCGACCGUUUCUUUAGUCAUCAACUACGAUGUCCCCGAGCUGUACAUUGAACAGAAUGGCCAAAGUCGUCGUACUCGUCAGCCCGACCUCCAGACUUACCUGCACCGUAUCGGACGCACGGGACGUUUCGGCCGUGUUGGUGUUGCCAUCACUCUAGUUUCGAACCGUGAGGAAUGGCAGUUGAUGAAGGGUAUCCAGGACCACUUCGGAGUCGAAAUUGCAUCCCUUGAAAUCUCUGACUGGGAUGAAACUGCUCACUUCCUCAAGAAGGUCAUCAAAAGUUCUCGUGCCGCUUCCGACUUUGCUGGUGGCCAGAUUUAG